UCUCUCUCUCGCUCUCCUUCCCAUCUUCUUCCUUCCUCUGACACUGUCCCCUUGCUAGCCCACUGCGUCUCUUCCACUCUCUCUCUGUCUCUCGGCCAUGGCCAACCUCCGCAUCCGCUCGCUCGCCCCUCUGCAAUGCCUGGCGCUGCUGCUGCUCUCGGUCGCCGCGACGGCGGCGACGGCGGCGGAGGCGGCGGCCAAGAGGACGUACAUUGUCCACAUGAACUCCCACCAGAUGCCUCCCUCCUUCGCCACUCGCCGCGACUGGUACGCCUCCAACCUCCACUCCCUCUCCUCCUCCUCCUCCUCCGACGACGACGACGCCGAGGACCCCCUCCUCUACGCCUACACCGCCGCGUUCCACGGGUUCGCCGCCUCCCUCGACCCGGGCGAGGCCGACUCGCUCCGGGCGUCCGCCUCCGUCCUCGGCGUCUACGAGGACACCGUCUACGACCUCCACACCACCCGGACCCCCGCGUUCCUCGGCAUCUCCGGCGACCUCGGGCUGUCGGAGGACCCGCAGGAGGGAGGUCCGAGCGGCGGGAAGACGCGGGCCUUCGGCGACGUCGUCGUCGGGGUCCUGGACACCGGGGUGUGGCCGGAGUCGAAGAGCUUCGACGAUGCGGGCAUGCCGGAAGUGCCGGCCCGGUGGAAGGGCGAGUGUGAAUCGGGCCCGGACUUCAGCCCGAAGUCGUGUAACAAGAAGCUGGUCGGAGCUCGGUUCUUCUCCAAGGGAUAUCACAUGGCCUCUGGUGCGAAUUUCUUGAAGAAGCCUAAGGAAUUGGAGUCGCCGAGAGACCAAGACGGGCACGGGACUCACACGGCCAGCACCGCCGCCGGAUCGCCGGUGACCAACGCCAGCCUUCUCGGGUACGCCAGCGGGACGGCGCGAGGGAUGGCCGACCACGCUCGCGUGGCCGUUUACAAGGUCUGCUGGAGCUCCGGCUGCUUCGGGUCGGACAUCCUCGCGGGGAUGGACCGAGCCAUCCUCGACGGCGUCGACGUCCUCUCGCUCUCUCUCGGCGGCGGGACUGCCCCGUAUUACCGCGACACAAUCGCCAUCGGCGCGUUCACCGCCAUGGAGAAGGGCAUUUUUGUUUCUUGCUCCGCUGGGAACAGCGGGCCGGCAAGGGCCUCACUCGCCAAUGUGGCGCCUUGGAUCAUGACCGUCGGCGCCGGAACAAUCGAUCGUGAUUUUCCGGCAUACGCCCUGUUAGGCAACGGCAAGCGCUACGCCGGGGUCUCCCUCUAUUCGGGGCCUGGGAUGGGGCAUAAACCCGUGGCCGUGAUUUAUAACAAAGGGUCCAAUAGCUCGGGCAACCUGUGCUUGCCCGGGUCGCUCAACCCAGCCCUGACGCGUGGGAAGGUGGUGCUGUGCGACCGGGGGGUGAACGCCCGUGUUGAGAAAGGUGAGGUGGUGAGGGACGCGGGCGGAGUGGGGAUGAUACUGGCGAACACGGCUGCGAACGGGGAGGAACUGGUGGCGGACAGCCACCUGAUCCCGGCAGUCGCUGUGGGGAGGAAAAUGGGUGAUGUGAUAAGGGAGUACGUGAAGAGCGACGCGAAUCCGACGGCGGUGCUCGGCUUUAGAGGGACGGUGGUGAACGUGAGGCCGUCACCGGUGGUCGCAGCGUUCAGCUCCAGGGGGCCCAACAUGGUGACGCCGGAGAUACUGAAGCCGGACGUGAUCGGGCCGGGGGUUAACAUAUUGGCCGCCUGGUCGGACGCGGUCGGGCCCACCGGGCUGGAGUCCGAUACCCGGAAGAGCCCGUUCAACAUAAUGUCAGGUACAUCCAUGUCAUGCCCGCACAUAAGCGGAGUCGCGGCACUGCUCAAAUCUGCCCAUCCAAAUUGGAGCCCGAGCGCGAUCAAGUCCGCUCUCAUGACCUCCGCCUACGUCCUGGACAACACAAGGUCUCCUCUCCGGGACGCCGGCGGCGGCGGGUUCUCCACUCCUUGGGCUCAUGGUUCGGGCCAUGUGGACCCGCAAAAGGCCCUCUCUCCUGGCCUCGUGUACGACCUCACGGCCGAAGACUACAUCGCCUUUCUCUGCUCCCUAGACUACACCAUCGACCACGUGAAAGCCAUCGUCAAGCGCCCCAACGUCACAUGCUCUCGUAAAUUCUCCGACCCCGGUGAACUCAACUACCCGUCAUUCUCGGUGGUGUUUGAGGACAAGAAGGUCGUGAGAUACACUCGCGAGCUGACCAACGUGGGGACCGCAGGGUCUGCGUACGAAGUGUCGGUCACAGGCCCGUCAACGGUCGGGGUGACGGUGAAGCCGAGGAAGCUUGUCUUCCCGAAUGUUGGGGACAAGAGGAGGUACACGGUCACCUUUGUCUCGAAAAAGGGCACGAACCCGAUGACGAGGUCGGAGUUCGGCAGCAUCGUUUGGAGCAAUGCCCAAAACCAAGUUCGGAGUCCGGUGGCUUAUGCUUGGACCAAGUUGGUGAGCUGAGUACAGUCGAUGUUUUCUGGCUUCCGGUGCGGUGUUUCGACUUUUCCCCUCGACUGGCUCAGUUACGAGCUGCUACUUAUGACUGAAGUAGCUUAGCUUUUUCUCAACCGACUAGGGCGGAAUCAAUAGAAGGCCGUGCUGUGCCAUGCCGUGUUGCUAUUAAACCGGCAAUUCUAUAUGUAGGCGUAGGAUUGAAGGGAGCAAGAGUGAAAUUUGUACUUUGAUUUCAUGGUAAACGUUGAUACAGCAGAAGUGUGAGGCUGAGGUCUUUGUUUUUAAAA